CAGUAGGCCAAACAUGAGGAAAAGAAAAGGGCCAGACAUCAGGCAUUUUUUUGGUGCUAAAAGAUGAAACGAAGGAAAGGCCUGUCUCACCUGGACUCAGCUGUGUGUCCUUUCAGAGUGACCGCUCAAUGGUGCAGCCUCUCGAGUUUACAGGUGGAGCAUCCUCUGUGGAAAGAGAACUCCUACCAGGAUUAAGAGUGAAGCAGACGUUUGACUUUCUGAGAGAAUGUCGGGGGAGUGUGAAGAAAUCACAACCACUGAAAUGAGUCUUCCUGAGGGGAAAUGCAAGAAUCAAGGUGCAACAGAGAAAAGGCCAAAUUCUCCUGAAGUCAGCUGUGUGUCCUUGAAGAGUGGGCGGUCAAUGUUGGCCCCUAUUAACUUUAAAGGUGGAACAUCCUCUCAGGAAAGUGAAACGAAGGAAAGGCCUGUCUCACCUGGACCCAGCUGUGUGUCCUUUCAGAGUGACCACUCAAUGACGCAGCCUCUCGAGUUUACAGAUGGAACAUCCUCUGUGGAAAGAACCCCAAAACAGGAACCAGAAAACAGCUGCAGAAAUUGGAUGGAGUCCGUAUUCCAGCUGGAGCACAAAGUCAUCACAUUGGUGAAGAAUGAACUGAACAAUUUAAAGAAGCUACUGAGUGCUGAUUACCCAGAAUGCUCUGAGAGGGAGGAGAAAGCGGAGGAGGAGGAUCUGGACCGUAUUAGAGAGAGUGUGCUGAAGAUCACACUGCGUAUCCUGAAGAACCUGAAGCAGAAAGAUCUCACUCACCAACUGCAGAUCAAGCUGGCCUCUGUAUAUCAGCGAAAACUCAAAUCCAGACUUGGAGAUAAAUUUAAAAGGAUAAAUGAAGGAAUCUCCCAGCAUGGGACAUCAGUACUUCUGAAUCAGAUCUACACAGAGCUCUACAUCACAGAGGGCUGGAGUGAAGACAUCAGUAAUGAACAUGAGGUGAGACAGAUUGAGACAGUGUCCAGGAGACCAAUAACAGAGGAGAAACCCAUCAAAUGUCAUGAUCUCUUUAAAGACACGUCCAUCAGAAGUGUGCUGACUAAAGGAGUUGCUGGAAUUGGAAAAACUGUCUCUGUGCAGAAGUUCAUUCUGGACUGGACUGAAGGGAAAGUGAAUCAGGACAUCACCUUCAUGUUCCCACUUCCCUUUAGAGAGCUGAAUCUGAUGAAGCAGCAAAACCUCAGUCUGAUGAAGCUUCUUCAUCAGUUUUUCCCCGAUAUUAAGGGCCUAGAAGUAAUAGACAGUGAUACCUACAAAAUCCUGUUGAUCUUUGAUGGUCUGGAUGAGUGUCGACUUCCUCUAGAUUUCCAGAACAAUGAGAGAUUGUGUGAUGUGACCGAGUCAGCCUCAGUGGAUGUGCUGCUGACAAACCUCAUCAUGGGGAACCUGCUUCGCUCUGCUCUCCUCUGGAUAACUACUCGACCUGCAGCAGCCAAUCAGAUCCCUCCUGAGAGUAUAGACCAGGCAACAGAGGUACGAGGGUUCAGUGAUUCUCAGAAAGAGGAGUACUUCAGGAAGAAGAUCAGUGAUCAGAGCCUGGCCAAUAAAAUUAUCACACACAUGAAGUCUUCAAGAAGCCUCGACAUCAUGUGCCACAUCCCAGUCUUCUGCUGGAUCUCAGCCACUGUUCUCGAAAAAAUGUUGGGUGAAGCAGAGAGUGGAGAGAUCCCCAAGACUCUGACUCAAAUGUUCACACACUUCCUGAUCUUUCAGAUCAAACACAAGGGACAAAAGUACCAUGGAACAUAUGACCCUGAUCCUCAGCAGACCAGAGAGAGCAUCCUGGCACUGGGAACACUGGCUUUCCAACAGCUGGAGAAAGGAAACCUGAUCUUCUACGAGGAAGACCUGAGAGAGUGUGGCAUUGGUGUUCGAGAAGUGGCAGUGUACUCAGGGGUGUGUACUCAGAUCUUCAGAAAAGAAUCAGGACUCCACCUGGGGAAGAUGUUCAGCUUUGUGCAUCUGAGCAUUCAGGAGUUUUUGGCUGCGUUGUAUGCAUUUCUCUGCUUUCUUGACAAAAACCCUACAAAAGAACAAACUACUGCUCUGUCUGGUCUUUUCAACACAUCAGAAAUGCCUGACUUCCUCAAAGGUGCAGUGGACCAGGCCUUACAGAGUGACACCGGACACUUGGAUCUUUUCCUCCGCUUCCUUCUGGGCCUCUCAGUGGAGUCCAAUCAGAAGCUCAUUCGAGAUCUGCUGCCACACACAGGAAGCAGCUCUGACUGCCAGAAGGACAUAGUUGAGUACAUCAAGUUCAAGUUUGAACAAAAUCCAUCUCCAGAGAGAUUAAUAAACCUUUUCUACUGUCUGAAUGAGUUAAAUGAUGAUUCACUCGUGAAAGAGAUCCAAAGUUACAUGAGCUCAGGACGUCUCUCUGAAGCUGAACUCUCACCUGCUCAGUGGUCUGCUCUGGUCUUUGUGUUGCUGACAUCAGAUGAGGAUCUGGAAGUGUUUCAGCUACAGAAAUUCAUAAAGUCAGAUGAAUGCUUUAAGAGGCUGCUACCAGUCGUCCAGCAAGCCACAACAGUUCUGCUCAGUGAUUGUAACCUGACAGAGAGAAGCUGCUCAGCUUUACACACAGUUCUCAGCUCUGAAUCCUCCAAACUGACUGAGGUGGAUCUGAGCAGUAACCAUCUGGAGGACUCAGGAGUGAAGCAGCUUUGUGUUGGACUGGAGAGUCCAAACUGUAAACUGGAGAAACUGAGGCUGAAUAAAAGUAAUCUGACUGUGGAGAGCUGUUCAGCUUUAGCCAGCGUUCUCAAAUUAAAGUCCUGCAGUGUGAGAGAGCUGGACCUGAGCAACAACAGUCUGCAGGAUCCAGGAGUCACUCAGCUUUCUGCUGGACUGAAGAAUCCACAGUCUCCACUCAGAACACUGAGACUGUGUAACUGCAGUGUAGCAGCUGAAGGCUGUGCUGCUUUGGCUGCAGCUCUGGAAGAAAAUCCCUCACAGCUCAGAGAGCUGGAUCUGAGCGGGAAUAAAGCAGGAGACUCAGGAAUAAAGCACAUCUCGAACCUCCUACAGAAUUCGCACUGCCUCCUGGAAACACUCAAGCUGAAUAAAAGUAAUCUGACUGUGAAGAGCUGUUCAGCUUUAGCCAGUGUUCUCAAAUUAAAGUCCUGCAGUGUGAGAGAGCUGGACCUGAGCAACAACAGUCUGCAGGAUCCAGGAGUCACUCAGCUUUCUGCUGGACUGAAACACAGUCACUGUAAACUGGAGAUUCUGAGACUGUGUAACUGCAGUGUAGCAGCUGAAGGCUGUGCUGCUUUGGCUGCAGCUCUGGAAGAAAAUCCCUCACAGCUCAGAGAGCUGGAUCUGAGCGGGAAUAAAGCAAGAGACUCAGGAAUAAAGCAGAUCUCGAACCUCCUACAGAAUUCACACUGCCUCCUGGAAACACUCAAGUUGUGUAAGUGCCGUCUCUCUGAGGAAGAUUGUGGUGCUGUUGUAUCAGCUCUGAGAACAAACCCCUCACACCUCAAGGAGCUGGACCUGAGUGAGAACACGAUUGGAGACUCAGGAGUGAAGGAGCUCUCUGAUCUACUGCACAACUCAAACUGCACUCUGGAGAAACUGAAACUUUCAGACUGCAGUAUAACAGAGGAAGGAUACGCUGCUCUGGCUGAAGUUCUGAAAUCAUCCCACCUGAUAGAGCUGGAUCUCAGAGGGAACGACCCUGGAGCAUCAGGAGUGAAGCUGCUCACUGAUUUACUCCAGGAUCCAGACUAUAAACUAACAACACUGAGUUUGUUGAAACGUCCUGCUGCACAAGAGGCCUGUACUUGGCUAAAUUCAGUUUUAGAUGAAAACCCUUUACUCCUAAAAGAGCUGGAUCUGAGCAUGAAGGAACCAGGAGACUCAGGGGUGAAGAAGCUCUCAGCUCUACUGGAAGAUUCUCACUGUAAAUUUCAGACAAUUCGGCUGAAUAAAAGUAAUCUGACUGUGGAGAGCUGUUCAGCUUUAGCCAGUGUUCUCAAAUUAAAGUCCUGCAGUGUGAGAGAGCUGGACCUGAGCAACAACAGUCUGCAGGAUCCAGGAGUCACUCAGCUUUCUGCUGGACUGAAACACCGCCACUGUAAACUGGAGAUUCUGAGGUUUAAUGCAUGUGCUAUAACUGAUGGAAGAGGUUCAGCUCUCGCUGAAGUUUUGAGCUCUGAAUAUUCCCAGCUGAGAGAGCUGGACCUGAGCAACAACAGUCUGCAGGAUCCAGGAGUUACUCAGCUUUCUGCUGGACUGAAGAAUCCACAGUCUCCACUCAGAACACUGAGACUGUGUAACUGCAGUGUAGCAGCUGAAGGCUGUGCUGCUUUGGCUGCAGUUCUGGAAGAAAAUCCCUCACAGCUCAGAGACCUGGAUCUGAGCGGGAAUAAAGCAGGAGACUCAGGAAUAAAGCAGAUCUCGAACCUCCUACGGAAUUCACACUGCCUCCUGGAAACACUCAAGUUGUGUCAGUGCCGUCUCUCUGAGGAAGAUUGUGGUGCUGUUGUAUCGGCUCUGAGAACAAACCCCUCACACCUCAAGGAGCUGGACCUGAGUGAGAACACAAUUGGAGACUCAGGAGUGAAGGAGCUCUCUGAUCUACUGCACAACUCAAACUGCACUCUGGAGAAACUGAAAAACCUUGGAAUCUAUAUGGACCCUGCACUCUCUUUCAAAUCACACAUUAACCAUGUAACCAAAACAUCCUUCUUCCACCUACGAAACAUUGCACGCCUGCGACCCACUCUUUCCACCCCAGCUGCAGAGACAUUAAUUCAUGCCUUUAUCACCUCCAGACUCAACUACUGCAAUAGCAUCCUGUAUGGCCUCCCCUCCACUGUUCUUCAAAAACUACAAUAUGUUCAAAACUCUGCUGCUCAGCUGCUCACCCGCUCUCCCUCCAGAGAACAUAUCACCUCUGUCCUCCGUCAACUUCACUGGCUUCCCAUAAAACAACGCAUACACUUCAAGAUCCUCCUUAUCACCUACAAGGCCCUCAACAAUCUUGCACCCUCGUACCUGACUGAUCUCCUCCAACGCCACUCCCCCACCCGCCGACUACACUCUGCAGAUGCCAACCUCCUCACUCCUAUCACCACGUCCAAGUACCGGACCCUCGGUGACAGAGCCUUCGCCAUCGCUGCCCCUACCCUCUGGAACUCCCUCCCCCUGGCCAUCCGUAACUCUGAUACACUACUUUCCUUCAAGCGCCAUCUCAAAACCCACCUGUUCAAGACUGCAUAUGACACUUGA